UGCACUUUUGGGACUUGGCAAACUUGCCAGCAUGGCUUUGUUCUUUACUGUGGCUCUCGUUGCCAUGACACCUCGGUUGUUGGCAUUUGACAUGAGUCAGUCCACUCGUUGUGUUACAAUCCCCAACCAGAUGAGGGUCUGCAAAGACGUCGGGUACUCUGAGAUGCGGCUGCCAAACUUUUUAGGCCACAGCAACCUAGAAAAAGAGGUGGUACCACGCUCGGAGGACUGGAGGCCCCUGCUGCAAACAGGCUGCCACCCUCAAGCGCAGACCUUCCUCUGCUCCAUCAUUGCACCUGUCUGCCUCGACACGUUCAUCCAGCCAUGCCGCAGCUUGUGCAUGGCAGUGAGGGACAGCUGCGCCCCGGUGCUCGCCUGCCAGGGACACCUGUGGCCUGAAGUUUUUCACUGCGACCGCUUCCCGACUGACGAAGACACAUGUCUAACUCCUCAUGGGAAGUUCAACCGCUUUUUUAAAGAUUUACCCAAACCUGUCUGCCAAAACUGUCCUACUGUACAAUCGUUUCCUGCAGUGAAGACAGUCCUGAGUGCUUUUUGCCACCAUGACUUUGCUGUGACUGCCAAACUUCACUGCCUUCGUCGCUCCACAGGACAGCCGGAGUUUCAGGUGCAGGGUCGAGUUGAGUUUAUUCGUCAGGGGCCCCUGUUGCCGUAUGACACGCAGCUUCUGCUGCAGGAGUGGCUCCUCAUCAACCUCCGAUGUGCCGGUGCUUUAGUGCGUCCCGGACGCUCCCAGCUUUACGUGCUGACAGGCUCUGUGCUGCCUAAUGGAGUGGUUGCCCUCACUCAUCUCUUCCCCUGGCACAAAAAGGACGCAGGCAUUGCCUUGGCCACUCGCAGGUGGAAACACCACAGGUGUUAA